UGCACAGACCCGAAGUGAUGUAAACAGAAAUGUUCCGGUCGUCAGAAUUUCGUUAAAAUUUGCAUUUAAAACUAGUUUUAAUGUUUAAGAAUUCAAAAAUGUACAAAGCACUUUUGAGCUCAAUAAAAGUUUCUAGGUCAACAAAUUUACGAAGCAUUUAUCACUUGACUCGAGUUAAAGAUGUGGCAGCGGGAGUGCAUUCCGAGGGUGACAAAAUUCAAGUCAAGGGUUGGGUCAAAUCGGUCCGCAAAAUGAAGGACAACGUCUUUCUGGACGUAAACGACGGAACCUGCACGCACAACCUCCAACUGGUGGUCAGCAAACCGCAGCUGCAAGACACAGCCUACGGCUCGUCCGUCGACGUAACCGGAACGCUCGGACGGACCCCGAAAAAUCAGCUCGAGCUCAAAGUGGACUCGCUGCAGGAACUUGGCGCCUGCCCCCUAGCUGAAGGCUAUCCGUUCUACCCGAAAAAGUCCUACCCGCCGGAUUACAUCCGGAACCAUUUGCACCUGCGGCCGCAGGUCAGUUCGGUGGGGUCCACGCUGCGGGUGCGGCAUCAAGCCACCAAGUGCUUCAACGAUUACCUGGACCGCGAAGGCUUCAUCCAGAUCCACACGCCAAUCAUCACGUCCAACGAUUGCGAGGGCGCCGGUGAAGCCUUCCAGGUUCGACCCGCAAACGACGGACUGCUCAAGCAGAUGGCCAAGAAGGGUGUCCCGCACGACCAGGCGUACUUCGAUCGCCAGACGUUCCUCACCGUUUCCGGCCAGCUUCACCUGGAAGCGAUGGCACACGGGCUGGGCAAGGUUUACACUUUUGGACCGACGUUCCGUGCGGAGAACUCCAAAUCGCCGAUUCAUCUGGCCGAGUUUCACAUGCUCGAACUCGAGGAAGCCUUCAUGGACUCGUUGGACGCGCUUGCGGACCGAAUCGAAUCGAUGGUCAAGUGUGUGACGAAAUCGCUGUUGGAAACCUCCUCGGAAGAUUUGACUUCCGUUAGGAAACUAACCACUGAUUCAAGCUUAGAACAAUCAUUCACCUGGGUGGACAAACAAUUCCCGCGAAUUACCUUCGACGACGCCAUGCAAGUACUACAACAGCACAAAACCAAACUAAAAUCACCCGUUUGUCCCGCGGAGGGAAUCAACAAGGAGCAGGAACUCUUCCUGGUUGACCACUUUGCAAGCCCGCUCUUCGUGACGAGUUGGCCGAAAGCGAUCAAGUCCUUUUACAUGAAGGAAAACGCCGCCAAUCCGGAGCUGGUCGACGCGUUGGACUUUUUGGUGCCCCACGCCGGCGAGCUGGUCGGGGGAAGUGUCCGCGAGGGCGAUCACGACAAGUUGGCGGCAAAACUGCCCGACCGGGAGGCGCUCGGGUGGUAUCUGGAGCUGCGCAAGUUCGGGUCGGUUCCGACGGCCGGGUUCGGGCUGGGACUGGAGCGCUAUCUGGCGUGGGUGCUGAACGUGCACAAUGUCAAGGACGUGAUACCGUUCCCGCGGUGGGCGCACAAUUGUGCGAUGUAAACGAGGGGGAAAUACAGAACAAAAAUUAAAAGGAAA